GAUCAAGUCACCUCUCCUUGGAGGCUGAAGAUAGACUCUCGGGCCCAUUUGUUUUGUGAAACUGGCAGAGUGUCAUCAUCUAUACCCACUCAGAAGGGUGUCUGGAAAGAUGAAAAAGACACCCUAAACUCAGCAACUGCGUAACAUCUCCCCACUCCUGAAACCUGAAACUGUGGCAAGUCAAAAGACUCAGGGCAAACACUUACCAUGCAGUUUUUGACUGCAGUAAGUCCACAGUCCUUCUCUACCCCAAGCUGGAAGGUCGAGAACAAGUAUUCAACCCGAGUGCUCACUGGAAACUGGGUGGAAGAGAGAAUGAAGUUCACCAAAGCCACGGAGAAAACACCUCAGUGCGUUUACAGAAAAGAGUACGUCCCCUUCCCAGGCCACAGACCAGACCAGAUCUCCAGGUGUUAUGGCAAGAGGAGAAUUGAGGGGCUCCCGUACAAACACCUGAUCACGCACCACCAGGAGCCCUCCCACCGCCAUCUGAUCAGCACCUAUGAUGACCAUUACAACCGGCACAAUUACAACCCCGGCCUGCCCCCACGACGUACCUGGAGUGGACAUAAGAUGCUGUGGCUCCCAGAGAAAUCCGACUUCGUCCUUCUCGCUCCCCCUACAAACUAUGGACUCUAUGAAGAGCUGCAGCAGAGAUGGCUCGCACCCAAGGCUGCCCCGAGGGAGAGCAUUUACACCUCGUCAUACCCCAGACCACCACUCUAUGCUUUGUCCCGGCGGGAACAUGCCAUCCCCGUCCCUCCCCCCUCAUCUGCACCCUGUCCCACGCUUCUGAGAGCUGCCAGGCCACGGGCAGUGCAGGCAGAGCCAACCGGAGCCCCACUGUGCUGUCCGACUGGCCAGGCAGCAGGCAGCCUGCAGACACACCCAGAGUUUUAAAUCCAGCCCCGCCGAGGGGCCCUUAGAAUCAUGGUCUGUGUUUGAAGGUUUCCGCCCCUCCUCCAAACCCUCAGUCUCCUUUCUUUUCCAUCCCACAAGUAAAGCUCUUUGACAGAAUGGAGUGUCACGUAUAUGCAGAAUUGUGCAGAAUGGCAGAAGGCCCUCUUCCUUGUUUCACAUGAGGGGAAACUGAGGCCCAGAAAGGUAACAUGAUUCCUGCAAGUUCUCACAGUGGGGUACCUACCCUCCAGGAGUGUCUGGUCCAUGCAGAAGGCGAUCUGACCACGAGACCCACCGCAGAGCUCCGUGACAUAGUAGAACAUGGUUACAGGAGGGCACCCCGUGGGAGCUGGCCGUCAGGGAGGGGUCCAGCCUGUCCUUGCCUCCCCAGGGGUGCGCUGAACCCAGGGUUCAGAGGAAGCAAGACACACAGCAUCUCCCUUCCACCUCUGAGCUCUCAAAUUCUUUUCUGGGUUUGAGGAUGGGGAAUUUUUCAGCCAGUGUUUCAGAAUGAGGAUGGACCUGCGGACAGAAGAUCCGGGGUGCUGUCCUGGUUCAGGGACUUGGUGCUCUCCUCACCAAGGAUGGAGUCCCCCGGGCACAUUCUGCCCCCUGAUGUGGAGUCCAGCCUCCAGAUGAGCACGGCCAGCCCGCAUCUGCCCUGUCAGGGCGGUGUCCGAAUGGCCUUCUUUGCCUUCUGCCUCCACCCCGAUUAUCUGCAUUCAUUACUGUAGGCUCCGCGCUCGGUGUGUAGUUGGUGCUGAAUCAUCCUUGGCUGGAUGAACGAAUGAACCAUUGUCUCUUCUGGGGCUCUUCUCUGGACCCACGCUCACCCCGAUCACCACGACCCAGUCCUGUUCCACCCUCUGAGCCCACAUCUAGCUGCUUCCCCACACCCCUGCCCCAAGGUGGACCUCUGUCCAGACCCCAACCCAUCUUGAUGCCUAAAGACCCCUUAUUCUUCCCAGAACUCAGCUACUCCCACUUCUGAGUCAGAGAAAAGUGAGCCCCCCAACACUCCCCCCCAGAAUCCUUCUGCCAGCAUCAGAGAGGAGGUCACCUCUCUGCUCCUCCCUCCUUUAGAAACUGGCCGUCCAUC